AGGUUGGUUACUUUAUUUCAUGCCAUCUGUGCUGCUUGGUGACAUUAAACUGAACUCAUCUCUUCUUACUGCAUUCUGUGAAAGGGAACAAUUAAGUUGGUCAUUUGUACCGUGAAACAUGAAAUCAAAAGAACACAAAGAUCAUCGCACAAUAAUUAACGAAGGCCAAGAAAAUGAGAUGGAACUUUUUGGCUAUAGGAUGAGUGUACCAUGGAUUAUUCUGUGUGUGGUUGGCUACUGUUUCUCAGCUGGUAUUCUCUUACUCCUCUUUUAUUGGAAGCCUGAAUGGAGCGUGUGGGCAAACUGUGUCCCUUCAUCUUUGGAGAAAGCCAAUGUGGUUUUAUUAAGAACUACUGAUGAAAGAAAGAAAUACACCAGGAAGAAGGUUCGUUGGUUAAGCUUGGAUGCCUUUGCACAUUUAUUUCAGAGUGGAUUGCAAUGUUCUGUCAUCUCUGACAAAAAUUCCAUUUUAAAUAAUGCUAUAAGAAGGCCUGAUCUCAAGGUUAAAUUCAUUCGAGUGCAGAAAAUUCGAUAUGUGUGGAAUUUCAGUCAAAAGAAGUUUGAAAACAUCGGCACCUUGGAGGAUGAGCACUCUUGUUUUAGCAUACACUCCUACUAUGCAUCUGGCUUAACAGAAGAGGAGCAGGCUAUAAGGAAUUUAAUAUGUGGACAUAAUACCAUUGAAGUUGAAGUUGCACCACUUUGGAAACUCUUAAUUUUUAAGGUGUUAAAUGCAUUAUAUCUCUACCAGAUUUCUGCUAUUAUCCUUAUGCUGGUAGAAAAUUACCUGGGAUAUGGCUUGGCCAUUCUUGUGCUGUGUAUCUGUGACAUAACCUUAUCAAUGAUUGAACAUAGAAAGCAAUCUUCAAAGCUUCACAAUUUGGUCAAAGCUCACAAUAACAUGAAAGUGACUGUGCACAAAAAAAAUGGUGACUGCAGCCAGGUUGAGUCUCGCUACUUGGUUCCAGGAGACAUUAUUGUUUUAUCUGGCAAAGAGUUUUUUAUGUCUUGCGAUGCCAUUUUAGUCAAUGGGACAUGUGUUGUGAAUGAAGGCAUGUUAACAGGAGAAUCAAUCCCUGUGACAAAAACACAGCUACCUCACGGAGAUGACACAAUGCCAUGGAAGCAGUACAGCGGAGAAGAUUAUAAGCGCCAUGUAAUGUUCUGUGGUACUGAAGUGAUAAGGACUGAAUCCACUGCACAAGGUCCAGCAAGAGCUGUAGUCUUAAGGACUGGUUUCAAUACCACUAAAGGUGACAUGGUGAGAUCUAUAUUGUAUCCUAAACCUUUAAACUUCAAGCUGAAUAGAGAUGUACGGUGGUUCUUCAUAUUUUUGGCAUGCCUAGCCUUGAUUGGCCUGAUCUAUGCAGUAACUAUAUUUGCACAAAGAAAGGUUCCAGCUGGGAGAAUUAUCGUUGAGGCUCUAGUUCUUAUAAUCUGUGCAAUCUCCCCAGUCAUACCUGCUGCUCUAAUGGUUGGGAUCAUGUAUGCAAAACGAAGACUGAGAAAGAAGCAUAUACAUUGCAUCAGUCCAGACAGAAUCAACAUGUGUGGUCAGGUCAACCUCUUCUGCUUUGAUAAAACUGGAACAUUGACAGAAGAUGGCCUUGAUUUAAUGGGUGUGAUACCAUCAGAAAGUUCAAGUUUUCAGGCAAUGGUUACUCUGGAACACAUUAAAGAGCUAUCCUGUGGACCCCUAUUUGCUGCAAUGACUUGCUGUCAUUCUAUUAUCAUGCUUGAUGGGAAAUUACAAGGUGAUCCUUUAGAUCUGAAAAUGUUUGAAGCCACAGGAUGGGUGAUAGAUGAGGCCAUGUCAGAUAUUCAAGAUGGACAUUCUUCCCAAAAUAUUAUUGUCAGGCCUGGACCUAACUCAGGAAUUAAGGAUAAUGUAAAGGGAAUACAAGUUUUAUUCCAAUAUCCCUUUUCGUCUGUCAUGCAACGUAUGUCUGUCAUCGCUGAAGCUAAUGGCGGAGAUGAGUUGAUUGUCUACAUGAAGGGAGCUCCGGAGAUGGUGGCCAGUUUUUGCAAAGCAGAAUCUGUUCCCAGUGGAUUUUUGAAAGAACUGGAGAGCCACACAUUUCAAGGUUUGAGAGUAAUUGGUGUUGCUGCUAAAACUCUGGUGAAGUGCAAUUAUGAAGACUUACAAAGCAUGGAAAGGGAAGACGUUGAAAGAGACCUGGAGUUCCUUGGUUUGCUGAUAUUGGAAAAUCGUCUUAAACCAGAAACUUCAAUGGUAGUUAAAGAGCUGCAUGCAGCAAACAUCAGAAUAAUUAUGAUUACAGGUGACAACAUACAGACUGCGACCACUGUUGCAAAGAACUGUGGGAUGAUUCCUGGGGGAAAAGAUGUUAUUCUUGUCGAAGCUACUGGGCCAGAAGGCUCUGCUCCAGCUUUUCUCUCUUGGAAGCUUGUAGAAUACCCAGAGAGUGCAAAACAAGACAAAGAUCUCUGCAUCAAAGAUGAAGACUUCUUGGACCGCAAAGAUCAGAACAGUGAUUAUCAUUUUUCAAUGAGUGGAAAGACAUAUGAAAACCUAGAGAAAUAUUUCUGUGAUUUAUUGCCAAAAAUAUUAAUGAAUGUCACAGUUUUCGCACGAAUGUCACCAGGACAGAAAUCAACAAUCAUUGAUGAACUUCAAAAGCUUGAUUAUUGCGUGGGGAUGUGUGGAGAUGGAGCCAAUGACUGUGCAGCUUUAAAAAUAGCUAAUGCUGGCAUUUCUUUAUCUGAACAAGAGGCGUCUGUAGCAGCACCAUUUAACUCACAGGUCACAAACAUUUCAUGUGUCCCAGACCUGCUGAAGGAAGGACGAGCAGCCAUUGUCACAUCGUUCUGCAUGUUUAAAUAUAUGGCUAUGUUUGGACUGACUGAAUAUGUUAACACAUUGCUGUUAUAUUGGCAACGAAACAUUUUUGGAAAUAAUCAGUGGCUCAUACACGACUUUGCUAUUGUGUUUGUAAUUUUUUUUACAAUGAGUUCUACCCCUGCCUAUCCAAAGCUGGCACCAUACAGACCACCAGGACAGAUCAUUUCUCCUUCUAUGUUGUUUUCAUUAAUCUUCAAUGUUCUCUUCACAAUAGCCAUGCACACGUAUGCGUUUCUUAUGGUUCAGAAGCAACCAUGGUACAGUAACAUUGACAUUUACAGUGCUUGUUAUCCAGGAAAUGAAAGCCUAAACAAGAAUCUUACCUAUAUAUUAAUUCAUGAACGGACAAAAAUAAAUUAUGAAAGCUUUGAAAGUACAACGCUAUGGCUAAUAACAUGUCUGCACUUGGUGAUCUUCGCUUUUGUCUUCUCCAAAGGAAAGCCUUUCCGAAAACCAUUGUAUACCAACUAUUUGUUUGUGGUUGUGCUGAUAAUUGAAACUGCCUUCAACAUUUUCUUCAUAUUUGCUGACUUUCCAAGCAUCUAUAUCGAUUUGGAACUUGUCUGCACUCCCAUGAGCUGGAGAAUACACAUGCUAAUUUUAUUGGUUGUAUGUCUAGUGGUGACGUUCGUGGUAGAGGAAUUCAUUCUGGAUAACAGAGCUCUUUGGUUGGCUAUGAAGAAAUGCCUAAAGAUUAAACCAGGUAGUAAAUACAAAAAGUUUCAUACAAUUCUGGAAGAGGACAAGGAUUGGCCACCUAUUGGAAGAACAAUUUCUGGGAACAGUUUGACCGACGGGUAUGCCAGAGUCUAUAUUAAUCAAAGUUAUGAGCAGGACAGUGCUUUGAGCACUGAAGAAGGUUGUGACAAUGGACAGCAAAAUGGAAAAAAUUAAAACCAAGCCUUAACUUUUUAGUGCACAAGGAUUUGAUAAGUAACAAAAAUAUAUUUUCAUGUACACAUGUAUGUAUGUCCAUCGAAUACAAUGUAAACACCCACACUCUAAAUAGUUCUGUGUACGAAAUUGGAUGGUGUCACACAGCAACCUGGUGGAUUACACAUCUCAUACAUAUAGAAAUCAAUGUGUAGCUCUGCAGCUAGUGAAGGUGAAUGGAGUCAUGCUGCGACCAGGAAGUUGAUUCUGCUGCUGUAUGGGUUUUAUUAUGACUGUCAAGUCACCUUCACAGCAACUUGAAAGUCACAAAGCAACUCCAUCCAUUUUUAUCAUGCUGCAAUUCACAGUAUAGAAGUAUCACAAUGCUGCAAUUUUUGUCCAC